AUGUCCACUGAUCAGAUUUACUCAGCCAAAUAUUCCGGAGUCGAUGUCUACGAAUUCAUCCAUCCCACUGGCUCGAUUAUGAAGCGGAAAGUCGACGACUGGGUAAACGCUACACAUAUCCUAAAAGCUGCGAAAUUUGCCAAAGCCAAGAGAACACGCAUACUAGAGAGAGAAGUGAUUAAGGACACUCACGAAAAAGUCCAGGGCGGUUUUGGUAAAUAUCAGGGGACCUGGGUACCGCUUUCGAUAGCCAGAAACCUGGCCGAGAAAUUCGAAGUUCUUGAAGAACUUAAACCACUUUUUGACUACACACAAGUAGAAGGCACAGCAUCACCACCAAGAGCUCCAAAACAUCACCAUGCUUCGCGUACCGAAUCAGGUCGCAAAAGAGUUCUUAAAGCCACGCCAGGCACCACACAAACUACACGAUCCAGCGCAACAGACUCCCCUACGGGCUCUGUAACGCCUACGGUACCGAAAAAACGAGGACGGCCUCCAUCGAAAAAAAACAAGAAUGGAAGCGCUGGCAAUUUAGAAAGGUCUCAGAGUGACAUGACGUUCCCGCGCCCGGCAAUCCCCCUCUCAUCUAUCUCUUCCAAAAAACUGCCGUCUAUACAAAGUCCACUCCAAAGGACGAUAAGUUUGGACCCUACAAUAAUGCGAGAGCAUGGAACAACUCCACAACAAUUCAAAGAACUAGAUAUCGAAGACGGUCUAUCUAGUGACAUCGAGCCCCCUGCCGUCGCGAAAUUGGAGGGUGCUCAGUCUUCAUCAUCUUCGCUCCCGACAUCGCCAAGUGGUCUUUCUGAUGACAACACUUUCGACCAGCGUGCCGUUGCUGGUUCUGCUGGUCAUGACGAACUAGGCAGUGCUACAUCUCCUCUUUCCACCAUGAUUCCGCGGUUCACAAACCAAUCAUUCAAUCAAACCUCAGACAUCAAUGAAAAAGUGAACGGAUACCUAUCAAAGCUCGUUGACUACUUUGUUUCCAGCGACAUGCAGACCGAAGAAAUCGUGCCAUCCGAAUUACUAUGCCCUCCUCAAAACAGUGCUCCUUACAUCGAUGCGUGGAUAGACCACGAGCAUCAUACUGCAUUCCAUUGGGCUUGCGCAAUGGGAAAUUUCGCGAUAGUUGAAGCGCUCUACAAUGCAGGUGCCAACACUCGUUCCGUUAAUCUUCAAGGUGAAAACCCGCUUAUACGGUGCUCCAUAUUUCACAACUCCUUCACGAGGCGAACUUACCCGCGAAUACUUCAGCUUUUAAAUGAUACGAUUUUCGAUGCGGAUUCGAGACUUCAAACGGUAGUACAUCAUAUCGUGCGACGUGAAUCUACAACGCCCUCGGCUGUGUUUUACUUGGACGUUUUGCUCUCUAAACUCAAAGAUUUUUCACCGCAGUAUCGCAUAGAAAACUUGAUCAAUGCUCAAGACCAAGAUGGGGACACUGCAGUUCACAUCGCUGCUCGAAAUGGUGAUAGUAAAUUUUUUGAACGCUUGAUCCAGCAAGGAGGGCUAUCUACAGUCAAGAACUCGAAAGGAAUUACUGCAACCGAGCUCAUGAACUUGAGUAUGCCUUCGACGCAACCGCCAUCGGCUGCCAAUGGCAGAUUUAAGCAGAACCCAACUCCCUCGUCUCCCUCAGACUUUUUCAUGUACCCCUCUCAAACUGCCACUAGGCUAAGUCGUGGGAUACCAGAAGUAGUAAGUGUCAUGAAGGAAAUGAUUGACUCUUAUAACAGAUUGCAUCAAGGCAGAGAUGCAGAUAUUUACAAUCUCGAAAAGACACUCAAAAGCAUGGCGAAAACAGUUGCAAACGUCGAUUUCAAAACUUUAGAGGCUCUGGAAGCUCAGGACCACCAGCAACGGCACGAUAUAGAAGAUCUGAUACUGGCGCGAUCGCUUGAGACUCAGGAACUGCAACUCCAAUUGAAACACACUGAGAAAGAGAUGUACAAUAGGCUGGAAAGGCGGCAAGCCAAGCACUUGGCGAAGCUGGUCUAUGAUCAGGAAACCGACAUAUCUCAGUAUGAGACCAAGAGUAAAAAUAAUAAAUUCGAGCAGCUGAAGCUGGCCCUUCAAUUGUCUCGAAUACAAAUGAAAAGAAGAAACAAGCUUUCAGAAGUUAUGAAGGUCAUCGGAGACAAUUCCAAGAUCUACAAGUACCGUAAGAUGAUCUCUCAUGGAACUGAAAUGGAUAUCGCAGAGGUGGACAAGUGCCUUGACGUGAUAUUAAGUAGUCUAGACAAAAAUGGAGAAGGCGUGUAA